AUGGCGAUGACGGAAAAGCAACAACAACAUUCAAAUGGCGGCUAUUCGGAUGAAGAGAAUGUUGCGUAUGUGGCCAAUCAAGUUUCGUCGAAAUGCACGCAGAACUCACUGAGAAAUGACUUCAAAAAGGCUGGAGAAGCGGGUCAACGUGAUACGGUGGAAAACAAGAAUAUAGCAAUAUUGGAAAAAGUUACGGAGAUCAGUAAUGACGGCAAUGAUAAAGAAGAGAAGCAGUUAUGUAGUGAGAGUUUUACGGCUUUAGGGGGAAGCGAAUUACCAGCAGGAGGCCAUGAGAAGGAAAUUAAUGAGAAGAAGAUGGAAGCAGUGGUAAUGAAGGAAAUUUCAGUUUCUCUGAGUCAUAAAUUGUUGGAGAAUAAGAUUGAGGAAGAUGUAGAGGUAAUUGGUGAGUCUGUGGAGCAGUUUGGAGCGGUAACUGACGAGGAUAUGAAGCAAUUGACGGGAUACAAGGAUAAGGAGACAGUGUUGGAUACCGGUAACAAUAGUGCGAGUGAUGAGACUAUUGCAGUCAUGUCGUUGGUAGAUGGUAAAGCUCAAUUGAAAAAUGAGACGUGUGUAAACAAGGUGAAGGAUAUUGGCGAAAGGAAUACUAUUGCAGCGUCGUCAGUGCCACAGGAAAGGAUGGACAUUGUUAUGGAUGCUGUACAGAUCUUAGAAGGAAAGAAAACUAUGACUGAUAAUCGCAGCGAGGGUGGUGGUAAGAUGAAUGCUGAAGACUUGUCGGUGUGGGCUGCAGGUGUCGAACUUAAUAGUCUCUUACUGAAAGAGAGCAAUACUGGUGAAGCAUCUCGACCGAGCGGUGCUGAGGUGAAAGAUGCUGUUGGUUUGAUUGUCGCCACGCUUGUAGACGAUGUCGUUGACUCCAUGGAUGCAAAGCCUGCAAAAGCUCCGAGUAGCCCAGUUUGCAUGCCGCAUUUAAGUGCUGAUGAGGCCAUGGAACUACUUGAGGCGCACCAAGGCGAUGACAAUGUUCUGCUUCCUGAGCACGAUGAGAUUGUAGACACCGUUAUGGAAGUAGAGUCGAAGAAUCAUGGAUAUCAGUGGUUUGACGAAGACGAAGAAGAUGAUGAGGAAAUCGCACUCCAUGAGACCACUGACGACGUCUUUGGUUUUGACGGCGUCGUUGACCUCCCUGGGGGUGUCACGCAAAUUCUCGAGGACUACGCGAAUACGAACAGUGCCGGGAGCGUAGACACGCGAAUCGUUCCUGUCAACAGCAGCAGGAGCCCUAGCUUCGCGUUGUCCGGUUCGUCAUCGUCUUCAUCGGCUUCUUGUUGCAGCAGUGCGAGCUCUUCAGAGGACGAGAGUAAAGGUUUUGGAUCAAAGAAGCGUCGUCUAUCAGGAAACAAUGGUCCUCGCAAGCUAUUGCAGUACAAGAAACAGAAGCGCGUUCGCUCCUCGGAACUCAGCAAUUCACCUCCGAGGCGACUGAAACGCAAGCGCAAAAUACCAAAGCCAGCCAUUUCGUCCGAGUUUGCAGUUUUUAAUUCGGAAGCAGCCGAUCCGAUUCUCAAGGGUUCCUACUCGGUGCGCAAGAAUCGUCGCGCAUGUUUUCAGGGAAAUUGGGGUUUUACCGAGGAAGCUUUCCUAGAUACUGAGAGCAUUAGCCCGUUCGAGUAUACGUCACAUGCACGCGUGCUCCAGUCGCGACGCAAAGAUGAUAAACGUCCUAUCUCGGGCAAGUACGGAGGGUUUUUUAAGCUACGACAGCCUAACGGAAGCUUGAUCAAGGUUCGAGAAGAGCAAGUGGAUUUGCAGUUCUUGCCUAUGCCUUCUUCAGACGAAGAAGAUGAGGAUGAAGAUGAGGACAUGAAGGGCUACGAGAGUGAUGAGAAGGAUUGCGAUGAAGUCGCAGCAAGCCGCUACAUUGUGCUUGGCAAGGGGAAGAACUGUUUUGGUCGGUUUUUAAUCCGAGGCUAUCUCAGCCCCGAAAGUGGUCGACUUACGGUGAAACGCCGUUAUUUGGAGUGA